CCGGCGUCGGGGGGCGGCGGUGUCGCGCAUCAGCCGGCAGAUGUAGCUGUUGCGGCGCUUGGUGAGCUUCCGGUGCCCCGUCUUGCCGGCUGGGGAGGAGCUGCCGGGGCGGAGCGGCGGGCAGGGCUUCGGCUGGGCUGGGCCGGGGGCGGCGGCGGCGGCGCGCUUUGUUCCGCGCGCCCUGAGCGCACAAUGGCGCAGGCGGGCAGCGGCGCCCACGAGGCCGGCCCGGGCUGGCAGCAGCAGCGGCGGCGGCGGCGGAGCCCGCAGCUCGGCCAUGCCGCCUGCCCCCCAGGAGCAGCUCUCCACCUCCCGGGCGGGAGUCCCGCAGCCAUGGACAUAGGGCCGGUGACCAUCUGCGGAGAAGCCACCGUCUUGCACGGCGGAUUCCUGCUGGCGUCCAGGCUGUGCCACCCCAAGCCGUUGUCGGAGCUGACCAAGUCCGAUUGGUGCAGAGUGGGGAAGCCCAUCAUCGACGCCCUGAGAGAGAUCUGCACCUCUUACUCUGCCUAUCCUCCCCAGCCCAACGCUUGGAAGAAGAAAGCGGCCGUCAUCCUGUGGUCCAAAAUCCUCUUCUCGGACGCCUCCUCUCCUUCUGUGAACCAGAGGUGGAAAGAUGACGUCUUUUUCUCGGUGAGCGUCAUGAUUCCGGAGAUCAACCACACGGUCCUCUUUGAGCUGUUGAAGGCGGUGAACGCCUCCCGGCUUUUCGUGCAGCUCCUGUUGGUGCUGCCGGCAGACGUUUGCCAGAGGGAACUGGAGAUCUUCGUCAAAUAUGUCACCCACGAGACCACUCCGGAGGACGUGUCUUUCUUCUUGGACGUCUGGUGGGAAAUUCUGAAGCACAAGGACGGCCAGGAGGACCGGCUCACCAUGCUCUUUGGAGCGUUCUCCUACGAGCACCUCUCCGACUCAGACGAAACACUCCACCUCCCAAAGCGGUUCAAGAGCGACAUGCCGCAUUCUCCCAUGGCUGCCAAUCUCCUCCCGACCUUGGUGGAGGGACUGAAAAUGACCAAAGAGAGUGUUGGCCCUGCCAAGAUGAAGUGUUAUGCUCUCGCCAACCUAGUAGAUGUGCUGUCUGUUUUGGUUCCAGCAGAGGCUGAGCCGGCCUUCCUGCCUGUCCACGUUUACUUGGACAAGAUUUCAUCGGUGGUGACGCUCUGGAGCAGAGACGGUGAGAACCGGUACAACAAGAGGGGGCUGGAUGAGAAGGUGAAGGAAGCCGAGAGGAGCGUGAGCUUGCUCAACGUGGCCAAGCUGUGCGACGAUCCGUUGCUUGACCACAUGGACUUUCUCCGCUCCUUGCUGGAAGAGUGGUCGGCGGAAGUCCAGCACCUGCUCAGCAACCCUCAGGAAACGGGCUACGAGAGCUACAGGCUUCUCGAGAGCCUGUCCUCUCUGGGGAAGAAUUUGACCAGUCGUGCCAAGCUAGAGGGUCUCGAUCGGGAAAUGACGCGGGGCGUGUCGGAGCUGGGUGAUCUCAUCACGGACUUCUUGAAGAAGGCCGGCCCCCAGGUGAAAGGCAGGAAUUCGGACAGCAGCCUCAUGGCGUCUGUUGCUAUGGUGAUUAUUGAGAAGAAGAUGGACCGGCACAUGGAGAUGUGUUCCAUUUUUGCUUCGGAAAAGAACUGGGCGUCCUCUACAGACUGGGUGGCUUGCCUCGUAAAGAACAAAGAAUUGUUCCAGAGGUCCGAUCUGGUCUUGAAACUGCUGGAGACGGCAGCCUCUUUGGGCCCUGCGGCUGAUUCCGCCGAAAGCCAAGAACAUCAGACGAAGGUAGCCAGAGUCAUUCUGGACUGUUACAUGGAGCUCUCGUUGCCAGAUAAGAACACGGUGAUUUCCGGCGUCUUGUCUAGGUGGGGCAGCCGAGGCCUUUCUGGGACCCUGAAGCCUUUUGAGGAAGGCUUUCCAGAGGAGCUCAAUAUUGCUUUCAACCAGAUAAUUCUGAGCGCCUCCGGAGAAGGCUUCAAGAAAGCCGUGGCUUCGGUGUCCCGUUUGGCUGUACUCAACCCAGAGGCGACGAUCAAGAAAAUCUGUAACUUAGCCGUGGCCAACUUAGGAACGCACCAGUUCCUGGCGGAGAUCCUGUGUUCUUUCCCGGCUCUUAACUUCAGGGAACUUCACGGUCAGGAGGAAGGCGUCAGCCUCAUGCUGGCGUGCUUGAAAGAGACUCUUGUGGACAAGUUGUCCUCUGCCAAGGAGAAGGAACAGUUCUUGGAGUUCUUGGUGUGUCUCAUGCAGCCGAGCGGGGCCAGCCCUCUCCUUGCUCCGUCGGAGGUGACGCGAAACCUUGUCGUUCCUUUUCUGAGAUCGGACUUUGCUCACCUCGAGCUGUGCCUGCAAAUCCUUGGCACGGCCUUGAAGGUGUCCUCGCCUUCAGACCCGCAUUGGAUUCACACCUGCCACCCGUUCCCGCUCAUCUUUUGCUUGGGCAAGCUCCUCCACGCCUUCACCCGCUACUGGCACGAGCCGCCAGACAGGCACGCCUUUUCAUUCGAGACCAAAGACUUGGUGACCAGCAACCUGGCCCAACUUUGCGAUGCUGUGUUGGUCCACAAGGACUCCGUGCCUUCGGAGCUGUGGACCCAGUCUGUGGCUUGGUUGCACAAGAAGGCGGACGCCUUGGACUGGACCAUCGGUCUCCAUCUGAAGAAGGUUUAUGGAGGACACUUCAAAAACGAAGUCCCGGCCACCCUGUUUGAGGUCUGUAAACUCCCAGAGGACGAGUGGACGUCCCGUUCCCUCCCGGCUUAUGGGGCAGGCAGUGGCCUUCUGGCGUGGCUGGAGUGUUGUUGCGUCUCCACAGCCCUGAGGGAACAGAUGCUUGUGCUCCUCAUGAUCAACAUGGACAACCCUGACGAAGUCAACCUGUUCAGCAAGGGUUUCUUGCUGGCCCUGGUCCAGGUUUUCCCGUGGUGCAGCCAGAGCGAAUGGCGACGGCUCGUCCACGUCAUCAAGAGCCUCUUGGAAAGAGAGAUCCUGUACGUUCCUUACUCUUUGGAGUACGUUCAUCACCUGCCUUUGCUGAACUUCCAGCCUUUUGCCUAUCACCUCCAGUUCUCCGUGCUUCUCUUGCGGGGCUUUCAAUUCCUGUGCAGUUCUAGCGGCGCCACGUGGCUGUCCGUGGAAGCGUGGAAGCACGUGGCAAGGCUGUACUGCCUCGGCCUCUCUGAUUUGCUGGGCUCGGUGAAGGGCACGCCCUGUUGCCAUUGGCAUCCCAUGGAGGAGAAGAGCGUGACGCAGGAAUUGUCCUUUGUUUACAUCCAGAUGUUUUGCCACACGCUCCACGUGGCGGCCAUGUUGCCAGAGGGUACUGGCGAGCCCCUCUUGGUCCUCUCCUUGGAGAUCCUGUCUCAGUACAAGAAUCUCUGUGAUGCGGACGAGUCCCUUGGCCGGGCCCUGAGGAAAGCGAACGAGAAGCACUUUUUGGAGUCCAUCGCAGAGAACGUCAGCAACAAAGAGCUGCGCACCCUGCUCCAGCAGAAGCUGAGCAAGCUGUGAAACGGACUUGGCUUGGAAAGCGGGCCGCAAGGUUUGGUUUUGGCAUCGGCUGAAGCUAGGAGCCUGGGUGCGAAAGAUGCCUGGCCGGGGGGCGGAAGAUGCCACCAUGUUGCUCAGCGAACGACUGGGGCGGAGACCGUCGGUGGGGAAUUUCAUGAGAUCUAUAAUAAACGUCUAUCUCUCUUCCCCCGGCUGAACUUGGUGAUUGCCGACACGUGUUGUGUUGUCGCUUGCCUCUGUUCUGUUCACUAGUUGGAAGUGGGUUCAAAUGUCUAGCCAGCGUCACCUCAAGGGUCGAAGCUAUGGAGAUAUCACUUUUUGAGCCAAACUCAAAGAGUUUGAGAGGGCAAAACUCUCCACCCUAGGUGGCAAUGGCAAUUAUCGUUUUUUUUUAAAUGUCAGGGAAGGUGGUGAGAUCUUGGGGAAGAAACCAGUCUGGAAAGGAAGGGCUUCCCUCAAGGGUCUUGUUUCUCAUUCCUUUUUUUAUAACCCUGUAGUUGGAAUGAAAAUUGCUUAAAUACAUGUUCUUGCUGCAACAGCCUCACCCAAGUUUUGUAUGAUUAAUCUGCUAUUAAAACGAUUUAAAGUUUGGUAUCUUGA